CCCCUGGCGCGUCUUCCAAGCAUGGAGCAAGGCCUACGGCCCCAUCAUGUCCGCGCAAUUCGGUCCCCAAACCCUCAUCCUAAUCACCUCGCCCACCAUCGCCCACGACUUCCUCGACCGCCGCGGCAGCAUCUACGCCAACCGACCCAACCUCAUCAUGGCCAACAACAUCACCAAAGGCCUCCACAUGCUCAUCCACCAUUACAACCCAUGGAUGAAACGGCACCAACGUCUCGAAGCCCCGGUCCUCAGUCUCCGCGCCUCAAACACCUACUUCCCCAUCCAAGAUCUCGAAUCCAAACAACUCCUCUUCGACCUCCUCCACUCCAAUAACUUCGACGCCCAUUUCGAACGCUACAGCGGGAGUCUGAUGUUCGCGUUGGCAUAUGGGUUCCGACUACCGAUACCGAAAAUCCAGGAGAUGCGGCAUAUGCGCACAAUUCAAGGCAAUUUCGUCUACGCAGCGCAGGUGGGCACGUGGAUUGCGGAUAUUUUCCCGUUUUUGGAUUACCUCCCUGCUGUGGUGGCGCCGUGGAAGAGGCUCGCGGGGGAAUUGUUUCAGCUCGAGUCGAGGGCUCAUACUCGGCAUUUAGAGAAGAGGUUGGCGAGUGGGUCGUGGAGUUGGGCGAAAGAGCUUUCCCGGUCUCGGUAUGCUGAGGGCAUGUCGGAGUUGGAGGUGGCGUGUAAUUUGGGGAUUUGGGGGGAUGCGGGGUUUGAGACGACGUGGCCGGCCAUGAAGGUGUUUGUGUGGGCGGUGCACACAGAUGGACGCUUUGUGGCGUUGGCGAGGAAGGAGCUGGGUGGGGUGUUUGGGAGGGAGAGGUUUCCUAGUUUUGAGGACGCAGAGAAGUUUGGUGUAUGUGCAGGCGGUGGUGGAUGAGACGUUGAGGCGGAGGUCCAUGGUUCCGGGUGGGCUGCCACAUGCAAUUACACAGAAGAAUAUGUAUAUGGGAUAUCACAUUCCCAAGGGGGCGACAGUGAUGCCGGUAUUUUAGACCAUGGGGCUAGAUAAGGAGCGGUGGGAGGAUCCAUUGAUGUUUUGGCCGGACAGGUUGUUACAGAGAGGGAAGAAGGAUGAGUAGUGUUCAAAUUCCCUUGACUAUAGGAGAAGGAUCUGUACGGGACGACAUAUUGCGCAAGAUUGAUUGUUUUUAUUGCUAGCAAGGAUUAUAUGGGCGUUUGAUAUCUGGAUGCUGAUGGGUGAGGAUGGGGAGUUGGUCCCGGUGGAUAAUAUGGCCUACGCCUCCCCUCUUAAUUGGUUCGCUUGGAGUCAUCACUGCUC